AUGGGACACUGUGAUUUGUUGUUGUGGAGGAAUCCGGUCGAAACCGGGAAGGUGUUUGGAGGCCUAUUGGUUGCUCUGCUAGUGCUCAAGAAGGUGAACCUGGUGACGUUCUUCCUGCGCGUGCUUUACACCACGCUCUUCUUGAGCUCCGCCGUGGAGUUCGCUUCUAAGUUCGUGCUGGGUCAGGGUCUAGUAACGAAGUACGGCGUCCAGGAGUGCCCGAAUGUGGCGGGGAUGCUGCGGCCCAAGCUAGAGGCUGCGCUCGCGCGCCUCCCAGCAUACCAGACGCAGGUGCGCCGGCUCGUGUUUGCAGCCUCCCCCCAGCAGACCUUUAAAGCUGCUGGCCUGCUGUACGUCCUGCACAUUUUGGUGUCUUUCUUCUCCGUGUGGACCCUAGCUCUACUGAGCGUUGUGGGUGCUUUCACGCUACCAGUCGUUUACCACAAGUACCAGCGUGAGAUUGAUGACGCAGUGCACCAGGGUCUAGCGCUAGCGAAGGCUAAGUCUGCUGAGGCACAGAAGAUGGCUUCCGAAACCGCCGCUCCAUACAUCAAGCAGAUCGACGAGAAGUUUGGGCCAGUUUCGCACUACUUUAUUCCCAAGACCCCAUCUUCGUCGGGACCAGCUGCGCAAAAGCCAGCGGCUCCAUCGACAGCCUCGUCGAGCAAGGGCUCUGUUGUUGAGCCUUCGCAGGGGGCUUCGUCGGCUGCCUCCUUCCCUUCGGUCCCUUCGGCCAAGAUCCCUGAGUCUGCUACCAAGGAGGUCGAGGAGGAGGACAUCGAUAUCGAGCAAUUGAAGCAGGAGAUGAAAGGCAACAAGGAGGCCUCUGCUUUGUAA